GGAAGAACACCCGGGCUGUCUGUAUCUCUUCACACUUUUCAUUGUUUCUGCUCUUGCAAUAUUAUGGGGCUCAGCGAGCAGGAAUGGCAGAAGGUCGUAGACAUCUGGGGCAAAGUGGAACCAGAUCUCUCUUUGCAUGGACAGGAAGUCAUCAUCAGGAUGUUCCAGAAUCACCCUGAGACUCAAGAGCGCUUUGACAAAUUCAAAAAUUUCAAGACUCUGGAUGAGAUGAAGAGUUCAGAAGAACUCAAGAAACAUGGAACCACCGUCCUCAGUGCUUUGGGUAAAAUCCUGAAACAGAAAGGGUCUCAUGAAGCAGAACUAGCACCACUGGCACAGACUCAUGCCAACAAGCAUAAAAUUCCAGUCAAAUAUUUAGAAUUUAUUUCUGAAAUCAUCAUUGGUGUCAUUGCUGAAAAACAUUCUGCAGAAUUCGGGGCUGAUUGUCAAGAGGCAAUGAGGAAAGCCUUGGAGCUGUUCCGUAAUGAUAUGGCCAGCAAAUACAAGGAACUUGGAUACCAGGGCUAGUAAGGAAAAAAGAUGUCACCACCGAGAAGACUUAGUGUGGAUAGGUGUGUGGUCAGUUUAGGAGAAUAUUUUCAUGUCAUGACAGGAAAAUAGCUUGAAUAAAUUGAAUUAUGUUAAUGUUACACUUGAAGGUGGCAAGAUAUAUUGCUCAAAAUCUCUAAUGUCUGCUAAGGUCAUUUUGGCUGAGACGUAAGGGAAUAAAACCAAUACAUUUGUAGGAUAUCUAAUGAGGUCAAGAGGGAGGUUUAAAAACCUAGAAAGUUGGAGGUGAUAGGACUGGAUAUGUAAUCAUUACACCCAGUGGUGAAAUUCAUUUUUUUUUACUU